AUGCCGGUGAAGCGUAGCGAGCGCGGAGGGAACGCGUCCAGCGACGCGUCUGACCCUCCCGUUCCCGACGCAGCACCCAUUUUGUCCACCACGAGGUCGGGCCUUGUGCGCCAGGGUCCAGUGGCCACAACCACACAGGGAAUUGCUGCAGAAGGAGACAAUGAAGUCGGAUCACUUCCAGGGACAACCAAGGGCCCAGCGCAGCAGAUUCUGCAUUACCUUAAACCGGUCCUACGAGCGAACACCGAGCUUCGGGUUGCAAACGCCGAACUUGCGGAGGAAUGCAAACGCAUGUCAGAAGCAUACAAGAACGUGGAGGCCAUCGCGGCCGAAGCAGCGUUAUAUCGCAAGGAACUGGAUGAAUCGCGGAAAGAGGUCCAUGAGCUCUACAAGGAGGUCGCCAACCUGAAAGAACUAAUCCAGUCGGUGUCAAUGGGGCCACCCACCACUGCGAAGUUAGCCCCUCCCUGGGCGCAAGUCCAGCUCCGGGCGUCGGCAUUGCGAUGGGUUUGGGCGAAUACUAAACAACACCGGAAGAACCACUUCCAACUGUGGACCACUGGCCAGUUUACUCGCCAGCUGGAUUCGGCACUCCCAGGACCCCACACGAAGAUACUCUAUGACAGCCUGGAUCGGGAGAAAGCAGCGAUACUAGCUCAACUCCGCACGGGACAUGCCAGACUGAAUGGAUAUCUUCAUCGAAUCGGCAAGGCCGAUAGUGAUUUGUGCGAAUGUGGCAUUGAGCGAGAAACAGUCCCUCAUUUCUUGCUUCGAUGUACACGGUGGAAUGAGCAGCGUCGCGCGCUGAUUGAGGCUACAGGGCCGAGCUUCGGUAAUCUGUCACAGAUGCUAGGAGGUAAACCUGAGAUUGGAGGAGAUUCGUGUGUAGCGAAUGGAAGAGCUUGGAAACCGGAUAUUAAGAUUGUCAGAGCCGCCAUCGCGUUUGCGGUGGAGACAAGACGGUUGGCUCCUGAAGGGUGA